AUGCAGGCUGAGUCGGCGCGUGCCGAAGCUAACGAGGCUGGUCCAUCCCCUGGCCGAGUCCCGCCUACGAGGGCACCUCCUCCAGAGCGGCAGGCAAGAGGCCGUUUACCGUGGACGUUGAUGCCGACCCCGCUCCAAAACGCGGGCGACAAACAGAGCCUGCACGGGCCGUUUUCUCUGCCGAGGACGACGAGGCCCCUUCGGAAGCUGUGA